AUGGACUCUCUACAUGUGCUUGUUGCGAAUGCGGCAGAGCGGCCGACUAUCCUUGUUGCUCUGGUCUUGGUCUUUCUGGUAUUGGGGCUGAAGCUAUCUCCCCGGAGAAAGCAGCCGCCAUAUCUUAAAGAGAGAAUACCAUACGUCACCAACACCAUUCAAUAUUUGACAGACGUGAGAACGUUUUUGAAUCGAGUAACAACAACUCUGGACAAGACCAAAAGCAACAUUGUGAAGUUCCAUGUCGGUCCGAUACCAGCAUACAUUGUCACCGGCACAAAGAAUGUGCAAACAGUAUUUAGUUCCCCGAACAUCCUGGAUGGCAAUUUCCUCCAGCUUAUGUUGAUGGAGCGCCACUGGGGAAUGUCCAAGGAAGAAAUCGCCAAGUUUGCAAACGACAAAUCCGGUCGACUGAAGGCCCCAGCCCCAGGAACUGAGAAUACCCCAGCUGAGAAGAGAUUCUGGCGGGGUCACGAUCACCUGUACGCUGAGUACCUCAGUAACCGCACGUAUGCGGAUGCCCUCGCCGAUUCAUUCUACUCUCUGUUCUCGGAGCGUCUGGAUAAGCAAUCGACGACGGAAUGGAGCACCGUCAAUCUUUUCGAGAUGCUGAAGACCUCGAUGGCUGAAAGUGCCAUUAUCUCGCUGUUUGGCUCAGAGAUCAUCGAUCUAAACCCUGGUUUCAUUGACUGUUACUGGGAGUUUGAUGAAAUUGCCGGGACUCUUGUCUGGGGGCUUCCCAAGUUCCUGCAGCGACGGUCGGUAGCGAUAAAAGAUCGUCUACAUACUAUGACCAGGAAGCACAUCGAUUCCGCAUGGGAACACUUUGACUGGAAUGGGCCCGAUGCUGAGUCCAAGUGGGAACCCCAUUUUGGAUCUCGUUUGUCCCGGGAGACAGCAAAGUGGCUGUCUGAAGGGGGUUUCUCGAACCAGGCGGCCGCUGGACAUACGCUGGCUUCUUUGUUUGGGCUCAACGGGAACACAGUCCCCGUUACUACAUGGGCGAUGAUCGAGCUGAUCAAGGACCGAACUCUCUUCGAGGCUGUGCGUACAGAAGCCAUGGAAGCCUAUAUCACGGAUACUGACACCGGAGCCAAGCGGAUAGACGCACAAAAGCUCAUCAAUCUUCCUCUGCUGCAGUCUCUCUACAUUGAAAUUAUGCGUCUGCAUGUAUCUUUCAACGUGACGCGCAAGGUGAUGCAGCCCAUCCAGGUAGACGGAUACAUGAUCGAGAAAGGGGCCUUGUUACAGACCUGCUCACAGAUUGCACACUACGAGGACGCUGUCUAG